AUGGAGGCACUACUUGUUAAUAAUAGGCUAUCGUUGAACGAUAUUCGAUUUCUCAGUGAUUUUGUCGGCCGACCCCGGGGGUUUAUUCGACCCAUUCUCCAGUCUCCCGCACAGCUCAAUAGAGGAAGAAGAGUGGGCAGCAAGUACCACGAGCCCUCUGUCACACACAUCUAUCUAGCAGCAAGUGUAGUUCACUAGUUCCACCGAAUGCUCCCAUCUCUCGACAAAGAUCGGAGUGUGCAAUUAUGCUUCAGAUGCUUCGCCAGAAUAGAUCAACCCAGUUCCCGUUCUUUUCCGGUGCACUCGCUUUAUAUCUCCGACACACAAGGAAGGACGCGGUGGGAAGAAAGCAGCCCUAGCCUCUGUCCGGCCGAUCAUUCCGCUGGCAUCUUGCAUUCACGCCUCCGUUUGACUAUCGCUUGGGGAUGUAGUUGUAGAUACGUUAGUCUUAGUGGGUCGUUGGCUCCACCUGUUAUCUCCUUCUACGACAUGCUGUUGUCGUCGCCAUAUUCCAUAUGUAACUUAGUCAUCUACGGGUCAACACCUCCGAAAGAAUCUUUUAUACCAUUCCCGUGGAUGCCAUGUUAUCCGAAGUCCCAACAUCAAUGAUCAUCUUUAGCAAGGUACUUUUAAAAUGCAAAUAUUUUGACUCCUUCGAUUUUCAUUUUUCUCUUUCUAUUUUGUAUUGAUUUUUUUUUAACAUGGCAUUCCAUUUAUUAAUUUUCUUUAAAUGUAGCUAUAAAUUAAUAUUAAAUAGUUUCUAUUGUGAAUAAAAUUUAUGUUAAAAAAUUUUGCAGUUAGAAAUCAAAAGAGUUACUUUCUAUAAGUAUGACGACUAAAAUAAACCUUUUAAAAAUAUAUGGACUAAAACAAACCAAAUCUUAUUCAUAAAACCAAUAUUCAAAAUUAAGCUAAAAGUACAAAACCCUCGUGAAAGGAUUAAUUUCAGUCUCAUCUAGUAAUAAGAUUACUUACUAGUAACAAAAAAUCUUUUAAAAAUGUUUGACUUAAGAGUAUGAGUUUGAGAGAAAUAAACUCCACUUAUUGUUUGACUAAUUGACUUAAAAGAAUUCUUAGACCCACAAUUAAAAAGAAUCAAUUUCACAAUUUAUCCACGCUAAAUCCAUUGGUAGAAUUAAUUUCACCAUUAAAGAUCAAAAUUGAUCCAAUUGAGCAAGAAAAAAACAUUGAAAUUAGAUACUAUUAAAAUAUUAUAAUCGAAAUAAAAGAGAUGAAACAAAGCGUGCAAAGUGGCAAUAAUACAAGAAUGUGGAUCCAGAAAGGUGGUGCCUUUCUUUUGUGAAUGGGGGCACAGUAUCUCAAUCCCAAUAUGUGGACUUUCUCUCCCCCACUAAAUUUUAUACCAAAACAUUAACUAUAUUCAACUACCACACAAAUUCAAAUUCCGUCCACUUGUAUUUAUAAAUUUAAUUCAUUUUAGUUUUUACGCUCUUAAAAAUUAUCCAUUCAUAAAAAGUACUAGAACUAAAAUGAGUUCAUCAUGAUAAAAUGAAGUAAUAGUAUUAAAAAAGAAAAAGAAAAGGAAAAAAAGGGGUGUGGGCCUGCCCUUCACCCUUAUCUCAUCCAUAGCCCACUCUUAUGCCUUUUCCUCACCAAUAAUUCAAUCAUGCACUUCUGUUCUCUCACUUUUCUUCUUUUGGAGGUUGGGAUUUUGUAUUCAUGUGAAAAUAUUGUCAUACAACGCAAAAGCACACUAUAACUCUACAUACAUUGGAAUUUUGUUCAUUCUUGCCAAUACCGGAGAGCUUUCUUUUUAUAAACAGAUGCAUACAGUGAUUUUUGAAAGACCAUAUCUAAAAGUACUUCAGUUACACAUUUCAAUUAUAUGUUUUUUUUCCCCUUACACGAGACCUGUAGUUGUAUUUACAAAUAACUCGUACUCAACAGGCCCAUUUAAAUUGAACAUAGAUGAUAUAAACAAUGGUGGGAGAAA